AUGGUUUUCUCUCUGAAUCUCGAAGUUCAGCGCAUCUGGUGGGUCACAGGACUCUAUCUGGGCACACUGGCUUUGCUUCAUCUAGGCAUGAGGGCCACUCGCAGCCACCAAGCGCGACGGGAAGAGGAGCAAUGCGCGUUUCUCCAGAGGCUCAACUCCCAGCACCGGGAGUCCGUGGAUCGGACCGAAAAGGAAGAGGAAGGCUUCUUGGGAAACACUGGGAUUUUCCCUCAGUGCGAAUUGGAUGAAAUCUUUACCCAUGCUCCAGGCGGGCACAUGUUGAAAUACAAUGCAGACCGCUCUUUGUCUUUCAGGGUUAUUUUCAUGUUCCGAAACACCCUCUUGUCUAACGUGCAGAUUCUGCACCACAUGCGAGUCUGUGUACUGAUGUCGGCCGUGACGAGCUUCAUCCACAUCGGGCUGCGUGAAUUUUUUGACGUAGAGCCCGUGCAGCGCGACUGGCUUGAAGAUCUGGACAAGAUGUGCUCUUUCCUGACAUCCUUGAUCGGAGUCCUUCUGGGCUUCUACAUCUCCACCGUGAUGGCGAGAUGGUGGAGCAUGCGCUUCGAUGGAAUUGGUGGAAUGUGGGGAUCCGUGAGUGACCUGUGCGUCCUGACCGGGUCCUUCUUUCCUGGUCCAGAAUGGCGAAGCUUGCGAACCCUGAUCUUGCGCUACGGCUUGCUCUCCUAUGAGCUGACGUUUAUGGAAAACGAGGAUCAGGACGAAUAUCUGGGCGCCCUGAUGCAGAGGCACCUCCUCACGUCUGACGAAGCCGCCUGCUUGGCUGGAAACCCCUCGAAAGGCCGCGCCGUGUGGACCUGGGAACUCCAUAAGCAGGGACACCUCCCGGACGUGGCACUUCGGAUCUUCUUGAAGAAGGCUCUUGCAGCUCGUGGUGGUUCCGGAACUCUCCUUUGCCUGCUUGGCGUCCAGCUGCCCUUCCUGUACUUGCAGCUCCUCUCCCAGUUGGUACACUUUCUAACGAUGGUGAUGGCUGUGGACUGCGGCAUUGCCACAGGGGCGACCCUCAUCUGCCACGACAUGGGAAGUCCCAUUCUGAAGUUUGUCCAGAUGCUCAUNNUCUACAAUGGCUGCCUGGAGAUCGGCAGGAGCUUUUCAAACCCUUGCAAGGAAGACUUCUCCGACUUCCCGCGCCACGCCUACCACUUCAGUCUUCGCAACGAGGCCGAGUUCUUCCACAGCAUCGCAGAGAAGCCGCCCCUGGCCGGCGUUCGGCUCCUCGGCGAGGCAGCCUCUCGCACGUAG